UUUACAUUGUCCAUAGAUUUGACCGCGUCGAAGCGAAGUGAGCCGUACUAUGGCCGUAUCAUCGGAAAGCUGAGGAAGUACGCACACGGGAUAGCCGGGACUGUGUUUGCCGUCGAUGAAAGCACCAUCUUCAUCCAGGGAUUCGCGUACGAUGGAACAGGCCCAGACGCCUACUUCUGGGUGGGUGACACCCCCCAGCCGUCACCAGAGGGUACUCUUGUACCCUAUCCAGAGGAUUAUGUCAGCCGCGAUCCGCCGGUACUAACGGCACACAAAAAUACGGACAUCCUGCUACGUUUGCCCGGCGGGAAGAGAUUGAAGGACAUCAGAUGGUUAAGCGUUUGGUGCCGCAGAUUUACGGUCAAUUUCGGUGAUAUUUUCAUCCCCUCACGUCUCGACCCACCUAGACCUAGAGUCUUACCUGAGUUCAAACGGCUAGCACACGGAUUAAGAUCUGGCAACAUAAGCGUGUUGGACGCCAAAACUUUCUACAUACCAAACUUGCACUAUGAUGGCGCUGGACCAGACGCGUACUUCUGGGUGGGGAAUGGAAGCGAACCCAAUCCAUUUGGUACUAAGGUACCCAACGAAAUGGGUUCCCUGAAUCCUCUUCGUGGUUACCAAGGUGAGGAUAUAGAAAUUGUACUCCCUGGGAAGCUGACCGCCUACGAUGUAGACUGGUUGGCGGUUUGGUGUGUAGAGUAUCGACAUAACUUCGGGCAUGUCUUCAUACCCAAAGAUUUGGACGUUCCACCCGCUUUGGGACAGACAAAAAUAACCCCACCAUGGUGGUAUAACCCGACAAGUUCAACAACCUCCCAGACUCCUUUAAGCACUGCUAACAAUUGUAAGGAAAUACUGGAUAAGCGGCUACAGAUCAAGUGGGAAAUACAGGGUGACCAUGUCCAAAUAACUCUCGCCGCUCGUCUGCGUAAGGAUCAGUACAUGGCUUUCGGAGUAUCAGGCGCUGAAGGUCGACCGGCCAUGUUGGGUGCUGAUGUAGUAGUUGCUUAUUGGGAUUCAAGGCACAACCUACCUAUGGCGUCAGAUUAUACGAUCACCCACCUGGCGCAGUGCGACGGUAGUCGUGGCGUGUGCCCGGACGAGAGGCUCGGUGGGAACAACGAUGUUGUUGUAGUGUCCGGGCAGCAGAGCGGCGGCGUGACCACGGUGACGUACCGCCGGCCGCUGGCCGCCCGCGAGCCCGGCAAGGACAAGGAGGUGCUCACGUCGCGCUCGCAGUCCGUCAUCGCCGCCUUCGGCCCGCUCAACUCGCGCGCGGAGGCCAACGCGCACUCCUUCAUGGACACGACGCGAACCGACGUGCAACUGGACUUCGGAGCGCAGAACGACAACACGUGCCUGGGCCUGGCGGAGCUGGACGCGGACGCGCCGGCGCCGUGGCCCGCGCGCGUGCUGGCGGCGACGGGAGCGCUCACGGCGCGCAUCGGCCCGGCGGCCGGCCGCCGCGGGUACACGCCCAUCACCGAUAAUAUUGAAGAUGGAUACACAUCGCAAACAUACGGUCACCCGUCGUGGGGAAUUGCUUGGUACAUCAACGACCUGCUCAUACCUGAAAUCUAUGUGGAGCGCGGAAAAACGUACACGUUCUUGGUAGAAGGAGGGGACGACAGGACUAACCCAGCUAGAUUCCAUCCGUUCUACAUCAGCGAUUCGUCGGAAGGAGGCUUCGGUCAGAAAAAAGAGGAAGAACAGAGAAAACAGAGAGUGUUCGCUGGAGUCGCUUACGACACGGAGGGAUAUCCGUACCCGACAGCUGUGGGCCGCUACUGCGAGUGGACCCAUAAGACCGUGGACCAGUCAGCCUCGUCCCCCACCUUCGAGCAGUACAUGCAGACUCUGCAGCUGGAGUGCAGCGAGGGCGAGCCCGCCGUCCUCAACUGGACCGUGGCCCACGAGACGCCCGACCUGGUGUACUACCAGUGUUAUACUCACAACAACCUGGGAUGGAAAAUACAUGUAGUAGACCCUGGGACCCCAAUCCCGUUCCCAGAAAAAAGUAGCAUCGUCAACUCAGCGGGACAAAGUUUGACGUUGACAUCACUUGUUACGUUGACUCUGGCAUUGACAAUGCCAUUAAUAGCACUCCACAGAUAA